CAUUGUGGGUGGGUUAUGUAAAAGAAAGAUGGCAGCUGCCUGGGGUAGAGCACUUGGCCGGGUUGGCUUGCAGUUUCUCCGGACCCGCGGCGGUAUCGGCGGUCCUGUCAGCUCGCUGGUGCCGCGGGUCCCGCUGCAGGGAGCCGGCGGCGGGAGCGGUUCGGGGUUCCGGUCCAGAUUGUUUUGGAGUGUCCCGGGUCGGAGAGUUCGAGGCAGGGUGUUCGGGGGUGCGUUCCUGCUCGGUGGAGGACUGGGUCUGUACCAGACGGCUAAAUUCUGUUUCCACAAUCAGCUCGCUGAACAAAUGGCACUGCAGUCUGACACGGGCGAGCUGCGGCUGACCCUGUACCAGUAUAAGACCUGCCCUUUCUGCAGCAAGGUCCGAGCCUUCCUCGACUACCAUGGGCUGCACUAUGACAUCGUGGAGGUCAACCCAAUCAUGCGGAAAGAAAUCCAGUUCUCCCAGUACAGGAAAGUGCCCAUCCUGCUGGCGGACGACGGUGAAACAUUGCAAUUGAAUGACUCGUCUGUGAUAAGCAGCGCGAUCAAGACCUACUUGAUAUCAAAGAAUACAAACCUGAAGCAGGUUCUCUCCUACUACCCCGAGAUGAAGUACAAGGACGAGAAAGGGAAGGAGGUGACCGAGUACAGCAACAAGUACUGGGUGAUGCUGGGGGAGCAGGAGGUAGAGGACCACUACCCUUCCAAAGAGUCUAUGAAGGAAGAAGUUAAGUGGCGCCGCUGGGUGGACGACUGGCUGGUUCACCUCAUCUCCCCCAACGUGUACCGCACUCCCACCGAGUCGCUGGCCUCCUUCGACUACAUCGUCCGCGAGGGCAACUUCGGCUCCUUCGAGGGCUUCUGCGCCAAGUACCUGGGCGCGGCCGCCAUGUUCGUCAUCAGCAAGAGGCUCAAGAACAGACACGAGCUGCAGAGCGACGUCAGGCAGGACCUGUACAAGGCCGUGAACGACUGGGUCGCAGCCAUCGGCAAGAAGAGGCCGUUCAUGGGAGGCUCCCGACCCAACCUCGCCGACCUGGCGGUGUAUGGGGUACUGCGUGUGAUGGAGGGACUGCAGGCCUUCGAUGACAUGAUGGCCCACACCAGCGUGCAGCCCUGGUACGAGCACAUGGAGAGAGCGACCAAGCAGCACCAGGGGAAGCACGAGUGACCCCACCAGAGGCUUAGAGAACAGAGGAGGUCAUGAAACGGGCGCCAUUCUGCCUCCAGUCCAGAAUCGCCGUUGUGUUCCAAACCUGGAGCACCGGGAGCCACAGUGGCUACAGUUUCACCUGUUCCAAGUUUUACUACGAGCUUGGUUAGCCAAGUUGUAUAGGGAUCAAGCACACACGAGUCUUGUAGUAAAACCUGGAAUGGAUCCAUCUGCUA